ACACCAUUGUUUCCAUACAGUAUAUCAGAUAUUAGUCUGAAUUAGGGUUCUAUUCAAUGACUGAAUGUUGAAUUGCUAUACGCUCUGCUUUAGCUUGUUUUUAGGGUUUUGUUUUUUUGUUCUGCGCUGUCAAAGGUAACUUAUUCCCAUCCAUAUACUGUAUUUUUGAACUGGAGACAUUUAACAGCAAAAUUUAUAAAACGUUUCUGACCCAAGCGGGCAAUGUUAAACGCUUGUUUGUUUAAAAAUAAUACUGACUUAAACCCUUAAGGUGGUUCUUGGCUAGCUGUGUAAGCUAACUGACUGAGCGGGAUGAGCUAGCUGGUGUACAGAAGAGAUUAUUCCACUCUCUGUUCACCAAUGGCAGUAUUACUGACUCGCUGGAAUUGUGUUCGAUUUUAAGGAGUGUUAUUUCAGUAUGUGGAAUUUGGACUUCACUAAUGACAUUUUGGAGAUUAUGUAUUUAGGUUUCUUUACCAGUCGCAUUGUGGGUUACUGGAGUGACCAUAACCUGACGGUUGCCCCCCCCCGUCCCCGCGCUCGGUGAGUUGGUUUCGUCUGGAGGAUGGGCGGGGCUCUGAUGCAGCUCAGUCUGAAUCAGCUGCCUAAAUUCCCUCGUUUUCAGCAAGCCGCAGCGUCUGUAGCGCGUGACUGUGUAGUAGUUAUAUUUGCUCAGUCUAAGCUUAUGGAAACGGACCUCUGCAGAAAUGUGCGCGAACGUCUUCGGCAUGUUGAAAAGCCUGUUUGGGAAGCCCUUUGAUGGUGGGAAGAGGACCAUGGAUCAUGGCAACCAACAGCAACAGCAACCACAGACACAGUACAUGGCAGGGCCAUUCCAGGCAUUCAUGGGCCCUCAGGGUCCAUUCCCUGGGCCCCACCCCACACUUGUGCGCCUGGAUGAGCUGCAAAGGGAAGCUGUGGCGUUAGGACAGCAAGUCUGUUCCUACAGUGGCCUGCAGAGUGACAGAGAGUAUAAACGACUUGAGCGGGAGCUUGCGCGACUCCAGCUGGAGGUGGAUCAGGUGGAGACAGAGGGACGGAUGGAGCUGCAGCACGCUCGGAAGCGGGUAGCGGGGGAGGUGGAGGGAUUAUUGCGCUACCUGGAGGGUAAUGCUUCCCACCCAUCUCGAUUAGCCAUAGAGGAGCUGAGCCAGGAGGCACAAAGGCUCCUGCUGGCUGGGGUGGUGGCUCCGUUUCGGCAAGGACAGGCUCAGGAUGUAGCGGAGAGUGGUGAGGACCUUGUGGAGGCUGUGCAGGAUGUGGCAAUGCGCUUGGCCCAGAUCAAGACGGGCGGAAGUGUGCCACUCAGGAAGGCCCGGUACCGCGCUCUUACCCGAGUCUGUGCAGUACAGGAUGUACUGGAGGGCCGCGUUCGCACUCACACACUUGCGCUGCCACUGUCUGAUGACACCCACGAGGCUGUGGAGCGCAUCAAUCAUGUGAUGGUGCAGGUGAGUGGUGCCCGUUGUCAGCUGGUUGCUCUGCUGAUGGGGUUGAGUGGGCGGGAUAGCUGUGCCCACCUAGCACGUGUCCUCACUGAGCUGUUAGUGGAGCUGGAUGCACUAGAUGUGUCCAGUAACUCAGCCGUCAGGAACUACAGGAAGCAGGUGGUAGAAGAGAUCAACGGACUCCUUAAACACCUUGACCUGGAGGGGGAGGGAGAUGACACUCGCAGGUAUGACCUGACGCAAAACGACUCCAUCCGUGAAAUCGAGGCCAUCCGAGGCCGUGUGUCUGUGCUGCGGGGAGAAGUACUGAGACAGGGUAUAGCAGGCCAGGGGGUGGAGCUUCAGAGUCUUCUAACUCAUCUUGACCAAGUGGACACCGGACGGAACCCCUGCAUACGAGAGGCACGGCGAAGAGCCGUUCUGGAGAUCCAGGCAGUCAUCACCUAUAUUGACCUCCGGGAAGCUCUCGGCCGCCGGAACCCCGGACAAGAUGAACCCCCACCUCAUGCAGCCGUGUGGCGUGUUCUUGCCAGCCUCUCCGAGUUGCACUUCCAGGUGCUCGGCUUUGAUGGCAAGAGAGCUGACAAGAGCUACAUGAUGCUUGAGGAGUUGCUGACCAAGCAGCUUCUGGCUCUGGAUGCUGUAGACCCUCAGGGGGACCAGGGAACAAAAACUGCUCGUAAACAAGCAGUCAAAUAUGCCCAGAACAUCCUCGGCUACCUGGACAUGAAGACAGAUGAGUGGGAAUACUGAGAGAGUAAAAGCAGAAUACUGGAAAGGUUCACUUGCACAAAGUGCUUUGAAAAUGUUUUGUGCCUAGUUAACGGCAUAGUGGCUGAGGACUUGCACAAGUUCAAUUUGUAUAUAAAAGACUAGAUGGUAAAAAUUUCCCUACAUGCACUGCAGUUGCUGCUUUUUUUUUUGUCUGGUUAUUAUCCUAGUCAUUGAUCAGUGGGCCAGUUGUUACUGACAACAGCAGUUUUGUUCACUAAACUGUCUGCAAGCAAACCUAUGCAGCAUUUGAGUGUUCUUGUUAUGAUUCUGGCUCCACAAUGUGCUUUUUUGUGCUUUCGAGUGCAUCCUUUUUCAUCGUUUACUUUGUGCUCGGUGUGGUAUGGAGCUAAACCGCUCUUUUGCUGCCAAAAUCUUGCUGCCCAUUUGCCCACUUGUCUAUAAGGAGCAUGUCAGGAGGAAGUUCACCUACAGUCUUUACUUAGUGUAGUUGCAACACAAGACUGUAUUCCUGUGUACACAAUUACUUUUCUCAUUAGUAUGGGAGUGAUUAAUCACAUGGCAUAUACAAACAUUUGAGAAAAAAAAUUUGCUCUGUAGAUUGGCUGGUCUGAACAAGUAGCGUAGAAAGAUCUGUUCACAAGAUUUAGUCACAGGAUUUAGAAUUUUCACCCAAAUGUUUAAUAAUAUCAAAAUUAUUCUGGGGGGGCGGGGGGUGGGGGGGGCUCUUGAGCUCUUGACAAAAUGCAUCCAAUACCUAUAAAUUUCAGCUUUUGGGAAGUGUCCGGUUUCAAGAGGUGUAUGGUGGUGAGAAACAGUGCCUGAAGAUGAUCACAAAGAGAUUAUCUUGAGAAAAUCAAUCUACUUACAAAUCUUACAUCAUCUAAUGAAGUUACAGCAUGAUUGAAAAGGGGAACAAAUCAGUUUAGCCGUUGUGUGCAGAUAGAGCGAAGGCUUUUAUACCGCUUGUCAUUGUUAGGAGUAAACUACGUCUCUGUGCCUUUUAGGCAGUGUGUGUGUGUGUGUGUGUGUGUGUAUGUGUGUGUAUGUAUAUCAUGAUGCUGAACAAAGUAGACAGGAGAUUCUAGAACAUUCCACACAGAUGUGAUGGCGUGUCACAGGCUAUCAAAAUAGCACCUAAAAAUCGUUCAGCCCCUUUCCCUAAUGGUCAGGGUUGUCAUGGUUACAAACAUCAGGGCUUUGUCCCCUCCUCCUGCCGAGUUCAUCAGAGUAUUUCCCUCUGAAUAUGCAGUGAGUCAUGCUGCAUGAUCAGAUUAGCGCAUCAGCUUUGACUAACCUGACUCUCAUCAACCCAAUCAUCCAACAUUCCAUCAUCAAUUCUUUUCUCUGUUUCUUUUUUUUCUUCCAGUUAAACAUUCUCCAUUCCAUCAUUCUUUCCUGAUAUGUUUAAAAUAUUGUAUUCACACCUUUGGAAGCAGAUAGCUGUCUUAACCUAAGAGUUCUUUUGGCUGCAACUACUGGCCAUGAGCGAAGACCAGUAUCAGAAAGUAUAAGAAAAUGGGGUCAUUUGGAGUACACUGAAAUAACUGAGGAUGUGAUGCAAAAAAAAAGGGCAGAAAAUUGGGACAGGGAAAUGAAGCUGUGAAAUACACAGUGUAUUGAAAUUAGGAAGUAAAGAAAAAGCCAGAUGUGGUAACUGUCCAGGGGUUUGUUGUGGUCUCAUAGUCUGCGUCUGUCAUUGUGACAUUCUCUCUUCAUAGGGUGUUGUCUGAGUUUGUGGUGGCCGUUGUGUCAGUCAAGCUGAAAAAUUUGUAACCCACACAAAGCCAAAUACUGAACUAAAUGCAGACUGAAAAUCCAAUCAAAAUGCUUCACUUAACGUCUGUCUGGACAGCUACAACAAAGCAUAUAAACGCUCUCAUAUUUGCACAUUACAUCCAGUUUAGUGGCUCUCCCAGACCCACACAGUGGUACCAUAUAAUUGUGCCAAUUUUCCAGUGCCAGCAAGUGUGAAAGUGAUUUGAGUUCAACACCUAUGAAUGUUGCAGUGUUUUUCCAACACAAGCCAUGUUUCAAAUUAGCUCAGUGCUGGUUGGUUUUGAGAAGAAUUCAAAAUGUUGUUUUUUCCCCUCAACAGCUCUGUGCACUCUCUCCUUUUUCUGUGAAAGUCAUGCAAUCAUCUCAGUGAAGCUGUCUCCAUGGUGACAAUAAAAUGUGUGGUUUUGCCUCAAAAAAAUAUACAUAACAUACAGUGUAUACACUGUGUUUGGGUCUAUGAGAGGUAAUGUUGAUAUUUUGAGUGGUACGUAGGACAGGAAUUCAUGUUACAGAAUAUUAGAAGUCCUUUGCUCUUUAAACACUCAUCAUAUUCAGUUGAGUGGUUUAAUCCAGAAGCAUUGUCCAUGUCCAUUUCUGUAGCAUCUUUGAUACAAAGCAUUGCUGAAUUUCAGUACAGGAGAUCCAUGUCUGAUCUGGUGCUAAAACACUCAAAUGGUUUACUUGUGACUUGUACUACAGAAUAUUAGCUUUUUCUACAACAACGUAGCAUAGGCUGGCACACAGUAACAGCUGUUUGUUUGUCUAGCAAACCCAGAUGUUUAGAUGUCCCUGGUGGAUGGACGCAGGUGAAUUGAUAGAAAUUCCAGCUGGCUGACAGAUACUGCAGAUGACCCGCUACAUCUCGAAGUAUGUAAUAAGCUAUAAAGCACUUUCAGUUCAGCGGAUUUUAGUUUCAUCCCAUGCUCACUCCUCUCUAGUGCCAAAAUAAAAAGUGUGUAUGCUCCCAGCAUAUCACAUAAACCACAAAGAACAUCAGCUGCAUAGAUCUAGAAUGUAAUGAGGAAUGUCCUAUUUCUGUGGUACCAAAGGUUAUUUUGAGCUUCCCUCUUCCUAACCUUGCAUAAUGAUUUGGUAUUAAAGAAAGACAAAUAAAAGAGAAGGGAAAUGAGUUUGUUAGUAGUUUUUCUUUUACUUAUCCUACCACUUGAAUGCAGAACGUGUUUAUGUGGUCAGGUUUACAGAAUACUUUUCUCAGUGUUACAUUACAAUUUGUUGAUUGUGUGAGGCUUGCUUUGUGUGCUAGAUGGAGUACACUUGUACAGAAAAAGCACACAGUUUUGAACAGCUGUAUGAAUGUGUUGAUUAACUGGAGUAUUUAAAUUUUAUUUAUCUCUGUAGGGAAGGUGAUAAAUAAAAGGUGAAUAAAAA